AUGGCUGUCGCGUCCCCACCCCCGCGCUUGUCAUCGCAACCAGCGCAGGUGGAUAGGGCUGCUCACCCUCCCCUCACCCUCCCCUUCCCCCCUCUCCUGCGGUCGUGGAGAAUCGCCUUCGUGGCGAUUUUCCGCAUCGCGGGAGAUGCGUCUCGCGCCUCGAGGCCACCGCGGUGUGCCGUGUGCGCAGCCGAUUGCAGUUGCGCGCAGCGUGUCAACCUGUCGGCCGCCGCGCGUCCUGCACCCCUCGCCCCACCCCUUCGAGCCGUCCUUCGACGGGAGGAAGUGGGGCGCUGGGGCUACGUCCUCCCGCGCCCGUGUGCGCGCCUUGACUACGCGCGGGGCAGCCGAGGGGGCGCAGUCGCGCCGAUCGCGGGCGAGCUCUUGCUCCCCGCUGUCCUCGCGACACGGCUGUAG